CUCGACCUUAUACACGCAAAUUCUUUAACGACAUGCUUACGGCAGCUGGUUGUCGAACUGCAUCAUUCACGGCGUUAGGUGAUCUUUCAGAGCUUACGGCCCGGAUGCGUGGAACACAUGAAUGAUUCUUCUUUCCUCCUUCGUCUUUCUCCUCCCUCUCCCACUCCUCUCUUGCUUCGCCGCAGUUAUACACCACCUACGGCCCGCAUCCGACCGUUCCCGGCUGGUCCAUCUGAUAGGAUUACUUUUUUGUUAUUAUUUGUUCUAGACGGCCUGUAUUGUAUUUUGGGGCAGGAGUGCUGGUGUCCAGGAGUUCAACUGGUGUCUUGAUUUAUAUACGACGUGAUGCUUCGCUUUUUCGGU